AUGGCGGCACCUGCAAACACCACCGCAGAGGCCCUGGCCUCGGAGGAAGUCUAUUUCUCUCAAAACCCUCCCCCGCGCAACUUAUCAGCCCACACAGCUCUUGCUGCCGGCUUCAUUUCUUCCCACGCUGCCGCAGGUCGUCGUGUCGUUCUGGUCACAUCAGGAGGCACAACCGUGCCUUUGGAGAAGCAGACGGUCCGCUACAUUGACAACUUCAGCGCUGGUACACGUGGCGCUACGAGCGCCGAGUACUUCCUUGAAGCUGGCUACGCAGUCAUUUUUCUGCAUCGACAGUUCAGUCUGCUGCCGUACUCGAGACAUUAUUCGCAUGCUACGGAUUGCUUUUUGGACUUUUUGACCGAGGAUGCGGAUGAUAGAAUCGCUGUGAGGGGUGAGGUGCAGGAUAAGAUGCGUGAGGUGUUGAGAAAGUAUCGCAAGGCGAGGGAUGAUAACAUGCUGCUCACCCUACCUUUCGUCACUAUUGUCGAUUAUCUCCAUGAGCUGCGCGAGAUUGCUAGACUCAUGCGUCCCCUCGGUCCUUCCGGUCUUCUCUACCUCGCCGCCGCAGUAUCGGACUUUUUCGUUCCUCCUAACCGUAUGGCAGAGCACAAGAUCCAGUCUACCAACGCCGUUGAGCAAAAGCGACCCGAGGAUGAAGAGACUUUCGACAAUUUCGACUCGUCGCCUUCUGUCCCCCGCUCAAAGCGCCUUAUCGUCGAUUUGGAUCCUGUUCCCAAGUUCCUCAAAAACCUUGUCGAUGGCUGGGCGCCAGAGGGUAUGAUUGUGUCGUUCAAGCUUGAGACAGAUCCUGCACUGCUCGUCCGCAAGGCUCGCUACAGUCUUGAUCGCUACCAGCACCAUCUCGUCAUUGGAAAUCUGCUUUCCACGCGAAAGUGGGAGGUUGUCUUUGUAAGUCCCGGAAGGGAUGAUCGCUGGGUGCGUGUGCCACGAGAGGGCGGAUGGGGAGAAGCUGAGGGGAGACCACUCGUGGCGGAGGAGCUGCCGGCUCAAGAUCCUGAUGUUGAGAUUGAGUCUCUCAUCAUUCCUGCGGUGCAGGAGCUACAUGGUGAGCACAUCAAGGGGCAGAGUAAGAAGUGA